GCUCAUCGCGCUCUCAAGCCCUCUCUAAAUCACUUCGACUUCGCAGUUGGUCUUGAGAUAAAUUAGCUGAGGAUAUCCCUCAGUAUCAGCUCAAGUCAAAGCGAUACUUCCUUUUUGAUUCAUUGACGCGUUUCGAAGCGGAGAACAAAAUGUCGUCACCACCGCAUCUACCGACAUCGCCGCCAUACAUCUCCUCCGGCGCACAAGGAUCCAGGAAACGGCCAUCAAUCGCUGGACCUGGCUCAGCUCCCAAACGUCGCAAAGCUUCCCUUGCCACUUCAACGACUAGUACUCAUCCCCUCAGGCAGACGUCGUUUCCUCCGGAGGAAGACGAGUCUCAAUAUGGGGCGCGUUCGCCAAGUGUCGAGAGCUCAACCAUGUCGAUGGGCGGAGGAAGAGGUGGAGGUGGCCCAGGGCGCAAGAAGCGAGGGCGCGGUAAAGAUGCAGACACACGGAGUGUGCGCAGUGCAAAGACGACUGGAACAGGAACGGCGAGCGUCUCAGGCGGUCGAGGAGGUGCAGCGGGCGAAGACGAGCGCGGCGAUGAAGAAGAUGAAGAUGACGUUGGUGGAGACGACGCCGUCAUGGAAGCUGAUGGAGAGAAGGUCGAUGAGGCGCAGGAAAAAUACAAGCUCUCAGUCCUCGUUGAAGCUAUGACCCCAGACCAAGUUGAUCGAUACACUCUAUUUCGACGAGCGAGGCUACGAAAGGAGACUGUCCGAAAGAUUACCAACCAGACCCUCUCACAAUCCGUCCCACCCUCCGUCAUUACCACAAUUAACGGCUAUACCAAAGUCUUUAUCGGCGAAUUGAUUGAAAAAGCACGAGAAGUUCAGCGGCAGGAGAUUCUCGCAGCCAAGCGCGCUCGCUGGGAACGCAAGCAACAGAGAAAGGCAGAAAAGGCCGAGAAGGCAGCAAAAGAAAACGCGGAAGCGGAAGCGGAAGCUACAAAGAAAGCCGAGACUAAUUGCGAUGACAAAAAGGCCAAUGGCACCGGUGAAGCCUCUACCAACGGCACCAGCGGGGGAAAAUCCACUGAAAAUGCUCAGUCUUCUAGAAAGCCAAAUGGAGUGAACGGCACUGCGACAUCAUCAGCCCCGAACAUUCAGUCACCCGCAUCUACUACUGGUCCAGGCUCAGCAACGAAUUCCCCGGCUCCAGGGCAGACCAUCAGCACCAGCCCAGCCACAAUAGGCUCUGGGAACCAAGCUACAGCAAACGCCAACACUCAUGCGAACAUCAACCCAAGCCAAAGCGCACAUACCAUACCAAAUCCCACGGCAAUUCCAAAUCCAAACAACAACAAUAACAACAACAACACCCUAAAUACUCAGACCAAUCAUCACUCCCCUGCAGCAAACGCACCCGCCGCCACUGGGCCAAGCAGCGCACCUAGCACAGCAAAUGCCACGCCCCACUUAUCUCCGAACCCUUACGCCGGCGUUGGACCUAGCUCAGGAACAGGAUCUCAAGCCAGCACGCCCGGCUCAAUCCCCGCUGCCGCUGGUCCUCGGCCUUCUAUCCCAGCAGCAACCACUGCGAACCCCAACCCCAACCCCAACCCCUCAAACACAACAAACGCUACUCAACAACCCGCAACUCAAUCUCCCAACCCGAACCCAUCUCAGCCUUCAACGCCAACCCAGCCACCCGCCCCCUACAACCCUCAACGUCCCCCUUCAUCAAACACCAACCUCAGCCUCAACACCAACGUCAACGUCAACAUCAACGCCGCUCAAUACAGCCAAAGCGCCCGCCUCACACCUACAACCGGUCAAGCACAGCAAAGACAUACCUCCCCUUAUCCCCAGAACCCCGCGGGCCGCUCCUCGCCGUACCCGCAGACACAUAAUCAGAGCACGACUCUUCAUUCGUCGCCUUAUUCUACUACCACUACUACCAACCCAUCCGGCCACUCUUCUCCGUACACGACCACCACACACGCAUCCCCUUACGGCCCCAAGUCCCCAUACUCGGCCGCUCAUUCGCCCUACUCUGCGCCUGCACCUGCGUCUAAUCCACCACCCAACCCCUCCGUUGCUGGAGCUGCAACCGCCACAGGUGUUGUUCCCAAUCCCGCUUAUCCGAAUACCUCACCCUACGCAGCCGCGUCUGUCUCGUCGCCGUAUCGCACGACUAAUCCCCCAACUCCUUCAAUCCAUUCUUCUUCUAUUCCUUCUGCCGGUCCUUCUUCCAUUCCUUCGACUGGUCCUUCCUCUAUCCCUUCCGCUGGUCCCAUGAACCCCGUUCAUCCCAUUCAUCCCGCUCACUCCACAGCUCCCCUCGGUCCUUCUGCUGGUUCUGGCCCUGGCUCUGGCCCCGGGACUCCCAGACCGCAGUACGCUGCUGCUAGCGCAUCCGGCGUCGGACUCGGCAUCGGCGUCAACGGAGCAUCGGGCGGAGUUGGAGUUGGAGGUGGAGUCGGCGGCGCAGGCGGGCCUACAGCCGGGAACGCGCCUCAUAUCGCAGCGCCCAAAAAAGAGCGCUCAGCAUCCGACUCCGACAACGACAACGACAGCGACUCCAACUCCGACGACAAUGACAACGAAGAUUUCGAUCCGGAUUCGUUCCGCGAAGAAGAGCGCGGUCCGUUACUCCCAGACCAUCUGCGAGAAGCGCUGCGACGGUACAAAAAGGAGCGAGAAGGCGGGAGUGCGGGCUUCCGAGGACUGAGUCUGACGGGAGUGGAGAAUACUGCGUCGCGCACGAGAGGGAAGAGACUGUUUCGCUGAGAUUGUUUUUUUCUUUGACGUGCGUCUUUGACGGGUUUUGUUCUAUUGAAACUUCCUCCUUUGUCUUUUCAUCUCUUUCUCCAUCGUCCUAAAUGAACGUCUUUAUUCUAAUUCGUAGUCGGCUGCCGGCUUCAUCGUAUCCUUAACCCGGGAAAUGGGGGUGGGGAGGGGUUUCAUCGAUUUUAAUUGAAUCCAAUCUGCGUUACGGGGUGGGAUAUAUUUGUCGUAUCAUCUUUUCUGAAUUUCAAAAAUGCGGAGUUAUGGAAGGGCGUUUUCAGGGUGUAAAUACUCGCAUCCUACGAUCGAACU